GUCGGGAAGGUGCCCCAAGAUCCUAGCGUGCUUCGAUCGCCAUGUUGGCCAAGCAAUGUGUGAGGCAGUGUUGUACCCGUCCCAGCCUGUCCCUGUCCGUUGCUUCAGAGACGCCGAGGCGCGACGGAGCUAUUGAGCCUGCGAAGUCGCUAGCCUCAACCAGCAGUUCCCCUCUCCACAGUGCACACUCCUCCCAAAUUUCUGAGGUGGCGGACUUGGCCCCGGGGACUCUCGUUGGUCACCAUCAGGAGGAGGCCCUCGUCAAGCCUCCUUUCCUCUCUUCCGCUCACGAUCGAGGAAGCUGUUUGCUGAAUUCCUGCCUCGCUCGACUUUCAGAAGCUGUUCGCUGUUCGCUGUAUAGUGCUUGCUUUUUCCGCAUUGCUACACACAGACAAGUCAACGGACUCGGCGUCGCGUUAGUAACAUCGCUUGCAGCGCUCGAUGCGCAAACUGUUUACCACAAUUCCAAUUACCCAGUCUUGGUUCGCCCCGGCUCCAAUCAGGCUUUGCUAAGGCGCCACUUAAUGUUUUGUUCGGGUCCAUAUCCCAGCCCACAUCGAAUUCUGUGUGCAUCGGCAAGCCCACGACGCGUUGUUCGAUCGCCCGCCCCCAGUAACAGGUCCACUGCCCAUCGCGGCUUCGUCGCUUCAGGCCUCGCGGCGUUCGCUGGCGCUCAACUGUUCCUCGAUCGCGUAUCUGCAUCUGGCUUGCUGCUGACCUGUCCCCUGGCUACGCGGUACAUGAGCUGUUUAGCUCCGUUGCUUUCGGCCCAUCUUUAGGCCUGCUCAGCCCUGAGAUUCCGUCGUACCUAGUCGACAGUCGCCACUCUUCCCCUCCUCCUGUCCUCCUUAGUCUCCACGCCCGCUCCUUUUUCAUCGACCGAUCUUACAACCUUACUCUCUACCUACAGCCUGUCGUUGCUAGACGACUGAGUGCUCCGUUCGUAAGAGAAAAAGACACUGUCCAAGACCUGUCAGCCUUCAGCGACCACACUGCCACUGCACACCUGCCACCCUUAUUUGUCACCUACUUCAACCGAUUGGAUUUCACCAUGCCGGCGGAGCGUCGAACAUUUACUGCGACCAGACCGGUCAAGACCGAGCGCACUCACGAAGAGAACCAAGAACGGUUCGUUACCUCUUGUCGUGUCAGAUUGGCUUUGUAUACUGAUU